UAAGAAUUAGGAAAAUAUUCUGCUAUCAUUUGACAAUAUUUUUGAGACAUAUUACAAACAGUUAUUAGACUCCAAUAAUUUGUUCGAAUAUGUCACGCCAUAGCAGCAAUCAAAUAUUGCAUAGUAGUUGCACGUUGGAGAAACUAGACGUUUUCAACAUUAAAAAUUAUGCUAGGUGCUCAAAAUCUAUCUAUCUAUUUGUUACGUUUGAUUCGUGGGACUAGAUAUGGUUUCAGAUCUUCUUGGGAAAAAAAUUUUGCUAGAAGAUGUAAAAACAGUUAUGUACCGGCUGUUCAUUUUCGCUCAUUCCAUCAAAAUUCUUGGAAAAGAGCUUCUUUUUUCUCCUACAAUUUUGCAGCAAUAUUUGGUUCGACUCACAUAUUGUUAAAAUGUCAAAAUGAUAUAAAUUCAGCUAAAGUUAAAGAAUUGUUAGAUGCGUCUAAAUUGAAUGACAGUAAUACAAUUAAAAGGUUGAUUGACGAAGGAGUAGAUAUCAACAGUACGCAUCCUCUUGGUUGGACAUCUUUGCAUGUUGCAACUAUUAACAAAAAUAAAGAGGUACUUAGGAUUUUACUUAAACAAAAAGCAGACCCGAACAUAGGAGAUCAAUUUACUAAUGCAUUUGAAACUGCUAAGAGAAAAAAUCUUCACUACUUGAGAGUGUUGAUGUCUCGAGAGGAUGAGUUUAGUAACCGGCUUAAUAAUAGGGCUUCCUUUAAGGGAUGUACUGCUUUACAUUAUGCAGUUUUAGUGAAUGAUAAAGAUAUUGUUGAAAUGCUUUUGAAUGCGGGUGCUGAUCCAACCCUGGAAAAUGAUUUGGGUCAUUCACCUUUAGCAUAUGCAGGUUCAGCUCCAAUAAAACAAUUGUUGGAAGAUUCUUCUAAAAAGUUUAUUAAUUUGAAAAAGAAAAAGGAGGCUGAAGAAAGAUGUAGAUUUCCUAUUGAGCAGAGAUUAAAAGAAAAUAUAGUCGGACAAGAAGGAGCUAUUUCAGCUGUUGCUUCUGCUAUAAGGAGAAAAGAGAAUGAAUGGUAUGAUGAAGAUCAUCCUUUAGUAUUCUUGUUUCUCGGUUCAUCCGGCAUAGGUAAGACUGAAUUGGCCAAACAAAUUUCUAAAUAUCUACAUAAAGAUGCCAAAAGAGCUUUUAUACGAUUCGACAUGUCGGAAUAUCAAGAAAAGCAUGAAGUAGCAAAAUUUAUAGGAUCACCGCCUGGCUAUAUAGGACAUGACGAAGGGGGACAACUCACAAAAAAAUUGCAAGAAUCUCCCAAUGCUGUUAUCCUCUUUGAUGAAAUAGAUAAAGCCCAUACAGACGUUUUAACUAUCAUGCUUCAGUUAUUUGACGAGGGACGAUUAACGGAUGGUAAAGGUAAAACUGUUGAAUGUAAAGACGCAAUAUUUAUUAUGACUUCAAAUUUGGCAAGUGACCAAAUUGCUGAUUACGGUAUGCAAUUAAGAGAGGAACAAAGACAAAGAUAUCAAGACAAACGAAAAAAUGAACAAAAUGAAAUUAUCGAGAAAGUGACUGUAUCAAAGCAAUUUAAAGAUACUGUUAUAAAACCUAUUUUAAAGGUUGGCAAAUUUACUAUUAUCGUAUCCUUAUGUCAAUAUGAAUAGGAUUUUCUUAAUGCAAGUAUAAUAUACAGUAAAAUAAGCAUUUAAAACCUGUAAUCCAUAACUAUUCUAUAAUAUUUCGUCACAAAGGAAUAAAGACGCUUUUCUAAAACGGCUUUUGUUUAUGGCAAAAAGAUAUAGAUUAAAUUACAAUUUUAUUCUAUUCUUUGUAAACAGAGACAUUUUAAAAGAGAUGAAUUCCUUGGACGAAUUAAUGAAAUAGUAUACUUCCUACCUUUUUCCCGUUCAGAAUUAAUAAAAUUAGUCACAAAGGAGCUGGAAUUUUGGGCAAAAAAGGCUAAAGAAAGGCAUAAUAUUACUUUACUUUGGGAUCGUCAAGUGCUUGACAUUCUUGCCGAUGGUUACGACGUGAAUUAUGGUGCUAGAUCCAUAAAACACGAAGUAAAUGGUUUUUAAUAUUUGUUUAAAUUUCGAUUAUCCUUUUAUAAAAACCAAUUAGGUGGAAAGAAGAGUGGUGAGUCAAUUAGCUCUAGCUCACGAAAAGCAGGCAAUAUCAAAAGGCUCAACCUUAAAAUUAACAGCAACAAGACCAAGUGAAAAUGAUGAAUUGACCAAAGAUAUAGAAAAAGAGGCUGGUGUACCAUUAAUAAAAAUACAGAAAAUGGAAGAAAAAGGAAAAAAAUACAUAGAUAUCGAACUUGAUACACAUUCUUUCUGAUAAUCUUUUAAUAUGUGAAUACAAUAAUAACUUAUUU